CUGCUUCUGUGUCGGAAAAAUGGUGGUGGUGUUCAGUGUUGUGUCCCGUUCUUGUUUUUAUUUUUAAUUUAAUUUCUCCCCGUACACAUUUAAAAAAUUCUCAAAUUAUUUAAAACCGCACCCCGACACUUUACUUUCAAUUGAACAUAAAAGCAUUCCUCAAAAUCCAAAUUGUUUCCACUUUAUAGGCCUAAAAACGUUUAACUAACUGUUCUGACAUUGACUAAUCAUGGAGGAUUUCUUCCCGGAGAUGAUUUUCUUGAUAAAGUUUUGAUUCGAAAAGUGAGUAAUUCCAAUCAAAUCAUGGCGGAAACGCGAGCGACUAUUAACAGGCCUCAAUCGGCCAGCACGCCCCCCCAUUGUGCAAUAUGUCUGGGAAACUGUAUGGACAAAUGUUUUUCUGACUCAUGUAUCCAUCAGUUUUGUUUUCAGUGCCUGGUGCAGUGGUCCAAGGUAAAAGCAGAAUGCCCUUUAUGUAAACAACCCUUUAAAUCAAUAAUCCACAAUGUCAUAUCAAAUGAAGAGUAUGAUACUCAUGUUGUGGAGCCUCCAAGGAAUGAGGACCCUAUGCUGCACAGACUCAGGGAGGACUAUUGGUUCUUACCACUUCCUCGAGCGCAGAGACAACAGUUUCAUGUUAGGACUACAUUUACUGUGGACUCUACGGGAGAACAUGCCAUUCAGCAAAUGUUGCUCUCAAGUCCUUUUGCCGCUGGGACAAUUACUGUGGAUGCAGGAAUUCCUGACUUAAGCAUGAGUUCAAUGGACCCCACUAGAACUAUAUACCCAAGGCACCGGAGGGACUAUUCUGCCACUAGUUUUAGAAGAUCCAUUUAUGCUCAAAAUUUGUGGGUUGUACAUGAUGAUCAUAUGUUAGGGAUGAGGUAUAGGGAUUGUACACCUACUUAUUUUAGAAAUAAUCCAGCAGCUCGUCACCGUCUUGUCCCGUGGCUAAACAGGGAAUUAAACGCCCUCCUCUACGAGGACACCCGGCUAAUCAUGCAAGUGGUCGACUUAAUCCUGGACAACCUUGCAAACUACCACAUCUGCGGCCGCACAUUUCGCAAUCUGCUGCACGAAUAUUUUAACGUGAAAACCGACCACUUUAUACACGAGUUCUACAACUUCAUGCGGUCGCCGUUCGAUAUGGUCGGCUACGACAGGAACAUCACUUAUCACAGCAGGCCCACUUCCUCUCCGGUUCCGGUAAUCGAGGAAACUGUCGAGAUUCCGGACGAUAACAGUAACGACAGUGACGUGGUUCUGGUGGAGACGUCCACCGAACCGCCAGUUACCAUUGAUUUAUUGGAUACUAACACGGAUUCGGAUGAGCCUGUGGUAGUUUCUUCUGGAUAUGUUACUUGUCCGGUGCCGUUCCAAGAAACCAGCAACCAUCUGGAAAUACUCCCGCCCAGUUUCGCGGUCCCUUCUUCAGCGCCCUCUGUGAAUUUACCACCGAAAUUGCGCUACAAACAGCAACUGUCCGCCGGCGAGAACCGAAAACGGAAACAGACGAGGCCUCAUAGACGGCAACACCGUACCAGGACGAGCUCUUCCGACAGCAGCUGUUCUUCCAGCUCUGAGGAGUACAACCGGAAGUUUUUGCACUCCUACAAAAGAUACAAAAAGAGGAAAAUGAUGCGCAAAUUUAUGGAGCAACAACAAAAGAAACAGGCCGAAGGCGCCACGUCCGUUCCGGGGGCGUCCUCCUCGACGGCCGGAUUACAAAUCGCCACCAGCGAAUCGGAAGACGAGAAGCCCCUGAUCGAUUUGCUUAAUGCCAAAAAUAAGAAGAAAAAGAGUAAAAAGAGGAGCAGGCAUUCGGAGGGUGCCGAUCAGCUGUACCCAAUGGAUUUAUCUAAGCCUAGUUGUUCCAGUUUUAGUUCCACAAUAACGUCAAACCACGGCGUAUACGACAACAGAAACUGCACCACGACCCUCUCGUUGUCUUGUAACCUGACGGAUAACGCGGAGCCCUCAGGCUCCAGUUCCCGGUUUAGGGUGAAAAUUUCACGGAACGAGCGUAGGAAUUCUAAUAACGAGGACGGGGCGGGAAGUAGCGGGAGCACCACGGACCCUUACGAGUUGCCGCCCGUUAAGAGCGAAAUCAGACCAACCCCAUACGAUGGUGCAGAGCCGAGCACUAGCAAACCGUUACCACUAGUCCUAAGGCGAAACCGGGACAAAUGGUACAUUUUCGACGAGAGUGAUACUGAAUAACACAGGCUGGGAUCCCAUAAAUAAAUUUACCAUUUAGCAGGCCUUCCACCCAAUACCGUUAGACAAUUCCUUCUUUCUUUCGACUUAUGAAGGGACUAUUUUGUAAAUUAUUUAAGUUAUUCUGUUUUUUUUUCUUAAUUAUUGAUUAAUUAAAUGCAACUUUAUAAUAGUAA